GUGUGGUGGGGCUUUAUAUUUAUAAGCGAGCGGCGAUCGGGCCCGCCGCCCGGUGUGCAGCUUUUAGCUAGUGCGGAGAGAACAUGUGGGUACUCGUGCUACUAGCGUGCGUGAGCGCCGGCUGGGCGGCGCCACAGUACGCCUUGCCGGGCGCAGUGUACGGGCAUGCCGGGCUCGUGCACGCUCCCGUUGUCCACGCACCCGUCGUCCAUGCCGAACCUGUGGCUUAUCCAAAGUACGCGUUUAACUACGGCGUAAAAGACCCACACACCGGCGACAUAAAGUCGCAGCAAGAGGAGAGAGACGGCGACGUCGUUAAAGGUAGCUACUCAUUAGUGGAGCCUGAUGGGUCGACGCGAACCGUGGCGUACUCGGCAGACGACCACAACGGAUUCAAUGCGGUUGUACACAAGACCGGCCACGCCGUGCAUCCCGCGCCAAUAGCAGUAGCUCCACACUACGCUGCGCCGGCGCUCGCCAUAUCACCAUACGGACUACACUAACGCGACUACGAAUGUUACGGCUCGCAUAGCAUAAAGUCGGAAAAUUAAUUCAUUUUAGUACACGUUACCGAUUUUUUCGAGCGAGAUAAUCACCGGUAAAGUGUUCUAUAAACUUUAUUCCCUUAUUCAGGUGAGUUAGCAUAUGCUCUGUAAUGUAAGUGCACUUUUUGGUAUUUAGACAAUUAAUUAAAUAUAUUCAUUAACUCUCAAGGUUAUGACAAUUUGUAUAGAUGCGUUGUUUUGUUUUGGAUCUUUAUAGAUUUAAAAAUAUAUAUGUGGGAUAAAGAAAAUGAUUAAGUAGGACCUUAUUUGUGACGUUCCACGGGUAAAGAUACCUUAUGGAGGUCGGCGCUAACUUCGCGUAUACCGCAUUAGUAUUGGAGCCUAAGCGGCAACCGCCAAGGGCACCUUGUGAAACGCUACUUUUACGGUUAGCAAAACAAAAGACACGAAAAAGUUUCCGUGGUAGGAUUAAAUAAGACUUAAUAUAUUCGUGGAACACACAGGGUUAUGUAUAAGUACUUGAUAAGAAAAACUAAAAUAUUAUUGUAGUUUUGAAAAUAUAUGAUAUUGCGAAGAGUUUUAGGAUUUGCUACUGUGUGUUACCAAUUAAAUAACAGCAUCUGGAGUACAAUUUAUUAAUGUCUUAUUUUGAGGUUUAAUAUACAUAAUGGUUGUUUAUUUAGUUAGUAUUUAUGAGCUUCAUGUAAACCAUAACGAUGUUUAUUCUAUAUUCCUCAGUAUCAUUACUCGAUUCGUUGCUUCUUCAAAUUACCUAUUGAUCUCAGAUACUAUUUUAUUUAUCUGAUUUAUGUUUUUAGUUUAUCGAACUCUAUUUUUUGUAUAAACUAUUUUAUGAAUGUUUAUUUUUGAACUCGACGACAAUAUUUUUUAAUAAAUUACUUUUUUUUAUA